AUCCUCUCUAGUCACUCCUUAAUACCGUUAGGUUUUAAAGCAAUUUCACUAUUUUAUAUUUAAGUCAUUCACAAUUUGUCUGUCUUAACAAUUUCAGACACUUUCUCCCUCUAAAAAAAUACCCUCCUAUUUCUUCGAAUACUUCCUUCUACCAAAUUGAAACCUUGAAUUUGAGAAUUCUGCAAAACUUUUCCAGAAUUUCGAGUUCUGGCUUACUCGCUAUUCAGAUUUUUGGUGUUGAGUUGAACCCAGUGAAAAUCCUCAGAAAUUACGCCAUUGGUAAUCAAUGGGUCGUUCUCGAGCAGUUGUUCCUUGCCCCAGUGAUGAUGAUCCCAACCAAAAAUCAAAGAGGAAAAAGGCUGUCUCAAGUGUAGAGAACACCGAGUCUGUAACGGCAGGUCAGGGCUCAAGUGAUGGGAAGAAGGCACUCUAUCACUGUAAUUAUUGCAAUAAAGAUAUUUCAGGAUUGAUUCGCAUUAAGUGUGUAGUGUGUCCAGAUUUUGACCUCUGUAUUGAGUGCUUUUCUGUUGGUGCUGAGGUUAAUCCUCACAAAAGCAACCAUCCAUAUAGGGUUAUGGAUAGCCUGUCAUUCCCUUUAAUAUGUCCUGAUUGGAAUGCAGAUGAAGAGUCAUUGCUCCUAGAGGGGAUUGAAAUGUAUGGGCUCGGUAAUUGGGCUGAAGUGGCGGAGCAUGUAGGAACAAAAAGCAAAUCAGAAUGUAUUGAUCACUAUGAUAAUAUAUACAUGAACUCUCCUUGCUUUCCGCUUCCGGACCUGUCUCAUGUUGCUGGAAAGAAUAGAGAGGAACUUUUUGCUAUGGCCAAGGAACAUAGUAACCCUAAAGCUACUGGUCCAGCUCUGAAAGAAGAAUUAUCAAAAGAAGAGUCUAUAAAUCCUGCAACAGUAAAGAUUGAAGAACCGCAGAAAGAGGCUUCAGGUAGCCACUCUUCUCAGGCUGUUGAGAAGCCAACAAAUGUCCUUUCAGUCCAAGAUGGGAGUGACGUCAUCAAAGUUGAAGACUCUCACCUCAACCGGAGUGUUGGAGAAAAGAAACCUAAAGCGUCAGCUGAUGAAGGACCUCCAGUUACAGAUUUAUGCGGGUACAAUCCCAAAAGAGAGGAAUUUGAGGUAGAAUAUGAUAAUGAUGCUGAACAAUUACUGGCAGAUAUGGAAUUCAAAGACACUGACACAGAAGCUGAACGUGACUUAAAGCUAAAAGUUUUGCGAAUCUACAAUCGGAGGCUUGAUGAGAGGAAGCGUAGGAAGGAUUUUGUACUUGAGAGGAAUUUACUGUACCCAGAUCCUUUCGAGAAAACUUUGACACCUGAAGAGAAGGAAUUAUGCCAGCGUUACAGGGCAUUCAUGCGUUAUCACUCAAAGAAAGAGCACGAGGAGCUGUUGACGUCUGUCGUUAAUGAACAUCGAAUUCGCAAAAGAUUACAGGAUCUACAGGAAGCUAAGGCUGCUGGUUGCCGCACCUCUGCUGAGGCAGAUAUAUACAUAGGGAGGCAAAGGAGGAUGGAAGCUGAGGAGAAUGCCCGCAAACAGAGAGAGAGUAUUGAGGCUGGUGCAGGGGGUAAAGUGUUGCUGAGGAGUAAUAGAGAUUUUGUCAGCAAGGACUCAGCUUCAACGACUACAGGACAGUUUAAGACGAACUCCCUUGACGAGUGGGAUAUCACUGGGUUCCCAGGGGCUGAUCUGCUCUCAGACAAGGAGAAAAAGCUUUGUGCGGAGAUUAGGAUUCUACCUUCACAUUAUCUUAACAUGUCGCAAACUCUGACUAUGGAAGCAUUCAAGGGGAAUAUUACCAAGAAAUCUGAUGCUCAUAAUUUGUUCAAGGUCGAUCCUAGCAAAGUCGAUCGAGUGUAUGAUAUGCUUGUGCAGAAGGGAGCUAUAUCUCAGUGAAGGCCUUGUAUGUUCCCAUCUUCAGUUUCAAAUAAAUUUCAUUUAAUUAAACCACAGAAUCACAGUUAAUUUUUCGCUGCCUAGGUAGGAUAAAGUUUUUAAGGAUAGACUAUGAUGUAUGUCAGAAUUUUAUUUUAUAUUAUAUGCGAACCACAUUUAUUUUUGCAAUAACCGUAUUUCGAGGGCAAUGGUUUUGCCAAAAUCAAUUUGCUAUCUGCUAUUUACCAUGUUCAUAUAUGGGAAAGUUGAGGUGUAGAUUGCCAUCACCAU